UGUCGCUCAUAGUCUUCUAGAGUUGUGUUUACGAUGGGGAUAAAUCUCAAGCAACAAUGGAAUUUAACUCGUUAAUAGCAGAAUUGAGGAGCUCUUCGGAAAAUCUGCCCGACGAGUCAUCAGAUAGAAGUCUUCUUUCCUCAUUGUACUGCAAUAAAGCAUGCAAUGCUAUUGACAGAAUAGCUGAACACUUGGAAUAUGAUAAUGUGAUUACUGGUUUAUGGCUAAUAGUUGCCCACUUUGCUGAACAGUUAACAUAUCUUAAACCUGUUCCUGCUUUGUCUGAGCUUUGCUUUAAGCUCUUCAGACAAUGUGCAAAAUCAGUGUUGAAUAUACAAUGGCAAAAUUUAGAAGAAGAAAGCUCUGUCAGACAAAACUUUUUAGUCUCUUUGGCCAACCUCCAUGCCAAGUUGAUCCCAUUUGAUUUCCCACGCUUUCGCCUGCUGGAGUCUCUAACUGAGAAUCCCUGGACAAAUCCUAUUCUAGCAAAAGUAAUGGGUGGUGAGAUAGAUGAUGGUGAUAAGGAAGAAGUUCGCAGCUACAUUGAACAAGAAGAUCCUAUUAUCUUACAACUGAGGGUUGAUAUGAUGCUUAAAGAAAAUUGUGAAGAGUAUGCCCUGAAUUUAUGUAACAGCUGCCUCACCCAUCCUGAACUUCAAACAGAUUUAAGUGUUAGAAAAACACAGCUCUCUCUUCUUUACAAACUUGGCCAUGAAGACAAGUUGCAGGAAGAAUGCCAGAAAUUAAGUGUUCAAGAGGCAUUGAAAAUAAUACGUCAGUUACAGUCUUCACCAUCACACACACAAUUAUGUACGGUUCUGGCUCAAACCUUCAUGGUGCAGAACUGGAUAAGACCAUCAGAUAUGGAGGCUAAUAAGGAACUAUUACGGCUUUGGAUUAGGCAGCAACUACUAGUUGAUAGAGAACAAGACCAAUUCAAAGAAAGUGUGUGGGCAAUGGCUAAACUCUCACAGUCAACAGAGCAAAUAGUCAUUUUUAUUGAUGUCCUCAGAGAAGAGUGUGGGGAUGUUUAUUUGCAACUCUAUGUUGAUAUGUGCAUCUUUGCUAUCAAUGUUGAUAAAGGUCAAAUGGAGACAAACAUUAAAGAAGGAAAUCUAGAUGCUGCUGUUGCUAGAAGGAGUGAUAUGGCUUCUAUAUGUGCCAAGCUUUCUUGCUUGUGCCAUCAUACAUCUAUUAAAGUUGCUCGAAUUUGUGCUCUUACAUCGUUUGCUUUAAAACCAAAUGAACAGUCUUUUUCUAAAAUUGGCACUUUUUAUGGUCAAGGAGGUGGAUGCUGUAACAAGUGUGGCAUGGAGAAAAACCAUGAGCCAGGUCAAAUCAAUCCAGCUACGCUGUAUGAAGUUGAAAGAUUGCUGACUAUGUUACAUCCUGAGUACUUGAAUCCUGACAAUACUUAUAGCAAUAUCCAUGCUCUUUGUCGGAGGUUUUUACAUGAAAAUCUAAAGAAUGUACAGCAGAGCAGACCAACUGGUAUAUUACAGAGAGAUGUUUUAGCCAAGAGUAAAACAACUCACUUGUUUGAAGCACUCUUGCCUCAAGAGAUACAAAAUACCCAAAUGCUUUUGAAUAAGUUAAGACUACAGGCUCAACUACCUGCCAGUAGCCAACCUCUGUAUUCUACUAGCAGUUCUAGACCAAAUAUCCUUGUUCAUAGCCAGAGCCUUAUUACUCCCAAAUCUGGCCAAGCUAGUAAAUCCCAGUAUACAUUUGAUGCUGAGAGGGGUAAAAACAGUCAGCCCUUUGGAGUUCCUUUAGAGCAUCAACAUCAAUACUAUUUGUUGAAACAUGAAAAAAAUCUAGAGCAAAGACGCAAAAAUGUUGAGCAGAUAAAGGAUUCAAAAAUAGAUGAGCCAGUCAAUACCCAGGUUUCUCUGCAAUUGGCUCAGAAACAUGAGCAACUGAGAAGCACUCAGGUUACUGAAAUAAUUCAGUCUGCUAUGCGACACGAUUCUCAUGCUCUAGAAAAACUCGCUCAGACUGCUGGGCCUGAGGUGGUUCAGGCUGUACUAAAGAUAAUGAAAAAUACAAAUCUUAAGCAGCAACCAGCACAGCAUCCAAAUAAUGUUGGGCAAUCAUCUUCUGUCCCUCUACAAGGAUCGCAACCUUUACCCACAGUGUCUACAUUGCUUAAACCAAACCUUCAGUUCCAACAGCAGCAGCAACUAGUCAGGGAGCAACCUCCACCACGUCGUCCUAAACCCCAGCUGUAUGCCCAACCUAUAAUUAUAUCAUCAAGUUGUUCAAUAAGUACACGGCCUCAAAGCACAGCUUCUCUCAUGUCAAGAAAUUUAAGCAGUUCAGUACCAAGUAGACAUCCUUUGAGCACAGAAAGAAACAUAAACAUACAUGGCAUUUCAGUAUCUAGUAGACAAACUUUAAGCACAGAAAGAAAUACAGGCAGUUCAGUAAAUUCUCUCUUGCAAAAACCUGAAAAUUUAACAUUAGCUAAGACACAGGCAGUUAGGCAAUUCAUGCAAAUGCAAAUGUCUGCACAACACCAAAAGCAGAUCUCAGAAACACGCCAGAUGUCUGGCUCUACAGUUACCCUGAACCGUAAUCCUCUGCCAACAGCAUUAGGUAACUCUCCUUCAUACCCUGCUGGGAUGGUGCCAAGUCAGUUAAAUAAUCGCCCCAAGACAACAGUUGAGUUGGCAGAACAAGCAGCCUUAUUGAAACUAAGACUUAAACAACAAGAACAGAGCCCAAAUGUAGAUUAUCUACCAAACACAUCUCAUUAUUCAUUGCCACAUCAAGCAAGUGGGCAGUUGAAUCAAACUAGCUACCAAAGUCAGAUGUCAUCCUUAGCAACGCUGCCAUCAUCAGAUGAAUUGUCUGGCUCAAUAGUGGGAAUAGAUGAUACCAUCAUUAAAGAAUUGCUGCAAGAUUCUGGUAUUCUAGCCAAUACUUUUCCUGACAUAGAAGUGGAGAAUGUUGGAGAAUGUAAAAAGUUGUCUGAACCAUUAGCCCAACAUGCAGCAAGCAGCUCUUUUCAGCCCCCAGAUUCUCUAGGAAGGACGUACAUGUACUCAACACCUCCUGAUGUUUUUCAACCAGCUUUAUCACAGAGGACACACCAGGGAAUCACUUCUAGAAUUUUGCCAGAUGGCACCUUGAUGAAAUGUAGUCAGGCUAGAAGUGUGAUAGGAUCUCCUGUACAGGCCAACUCAUUGAUCCCAGUCAAACAGAACUUGUCACAUGCUGGUACAGUCACUAACCCAAGUACCAGCACUAGAAAUGAGAUCAGUUUAGCUCAGCAGUUGCCUACCCAUGUUUCUGUUCUCCCAAGAGCAGAAAAUGUCAAGAGAGAAGAAAAGCCCACUGUGGACCAGUUAAGAGAAAUGAUGAAGAAAGAGGAGAUAGAGGGGGAAGUCUGUAUGGAUGCAGCUAAUAAUGCCACUUACAGGUGCAUUAUAUGUAGCUUAGCCUUUGAAACAUUGGACAAUCUUCGUGAACAUGUAAGAAAUGUUUGCAAACCAGGUCUCCAACAAUCUAGUGUGUACACAACAAAGAUCAACCAAGACCGAGCCAACUCUGCAAAAGCUGGUGUAGCCACAACCACAGUGUUCCAGUGUCUGCGCUGUUUUGAAUUGUGCGUCAGUGAUGUUGGCAUUAAACAGCACAGACUGACAUGCAAGAGAGUACCUACUGUACCAUCAGACCUCAAGAAAGACACACAGAACAAGAGCAAGUCUACCCCUAAGACUAGUCGAUACACGUUGCCAAAGAAAGAAUCAAGUGACAAUGUAUCUUUGGAUCCUAAAAUGCCACUUCCUUUUCCUUACCCUUCAUUGAAUGCAGAAGCUGUGUUAAAAAGUCUUUCAUUAACAAAUAGUUCAAAAGGUCAGACCGAGUCUGCUACAAGCUGCGUGUCUGAUGACAAAGUACAGGCCAACAAGCUCAAUGGCUCAUCAAUAAGCAGAUUGUCUACCUUAGGGAUGACUUGUAACAUGAAUCAACCAAAGGCAAUGGUGUCUUCUCCUCCCAUGAAAACAUUAUCAAAUACAAGCAACAUACUAGCUCCCAAUGGGACCAGUGGACAUUGUCCAUUACCUUCUGUUUGCAGUGUAUUGCCUCGUAAUAAUAAUAAUACUUGUGUUGGAGUUGGGUCUGUUAGCUCCUCAAAGCCAUGCAACACAGUCAGUACCAUCUCUAGUCUGACUUAUUUACCUCCAGUUUCAAAAAGUCAGCCUGUGACAAAUGAAAUGACCAAGCCUGAGAAAAAGUCACUGAACCAGUCCAAAGUAACUGUAGCAGUUGAGAAAAAAAAGGUCAAGUGCAAAAAGUUGCCAGCACCAAGUUUUUCUGAGAUCUCUGGUUCUGGUGGCAGCAAGUUUUAUAAAUGUAAUUUGUGUUCACAAACUUUAUGUUCUUUAGAAAGUUUUCUGCUCCAUUGGCAGGAGUGUGUUGUAAAAAACAAGGCCUUGUUGAGGAGAAAAUCCUUGCUAGUCAGUGCCAAACCUUUGGUUGGAGAAGUACUGAAAAAUGUCUUAGCUGUCAUUGCCAUGGUUGCUGCUGGAGUUGAAGGACCUGAUGAUGAUUAUUCACAUCUUCAUCUCAGUGACUCAGAAUCUGAGCUGCUGACUUUACAAGAUCCAUGUUGUACUGAAGUAGUUACAAGUUUGGUGGGUGCACUAGAUAAGGUACCGAUGUUAAGUGGUAAAGAACUGCUUGAUGUUAAUGACAGUGUUGAUGAGAGUCUGUUUGAAGAGAAAUCUAAAGAAGGACCAGAUGGUUUUGAAGAUAAGAGUGAAACCUCCAACAGAGAUGUUCCUCCCAAACUGAGAGACCGAAAAAUGCUCAGACCUAAACAGAGUUUGAGUCCAGAAACUGUCAACAAGUCAGAAAAUCCAGUGGAGAAAGAGGCUAUAGAAGAAGCUAGCAACUCAGCUAGUGAAUCUGAAGGUGAAGGUCUGUUGUGUCAAGUAUGUAAUGUGACUCACCAAACCAAGAGAAUACUUCUUCAGCAUUACGCUGGCAAACACUUAAAACCUUACACAGUCAAAACCCUGGCUGAUUCUUCUUCAUUUUUUUGUCACUUGUGUCAGAAAACAUUUUCUACUUUUAUGCAUUACAUGCAACAUGUUCCUAAUCACUCUGUUACUAUUUAUGAAAAAAUGAAAACUUACAUUGCCCAGAAAAAAUGGAACCAGCACAGUGAAAGACUUUCUUCUAAGCGCGGGAUAGCAAAAAAAGGUGGUUUGAGUCCUAAUAUGGCAAAGGCUCUCAAAAGUAGACAGAUGGCUAAGAGGUCAGCUCUUAACAAAUUCAAGAGAGAACUGCUGUCUAGCAACACCCAAACAAUCAGGGAAAGGUUGAGGUUGUCCAAACGAAAAAGAAGUCGAAGGUACACAUCAAGUGAAGAUGAUUACAGUUCCGAUGCAUCAAACAAUGUUGUCUUUAAAUAUAACAGGGUAUCAGAGAGCAGUGAUCAGUCUGAUGAACCAAAGAAAGGAAGAGGCAGGCCUAGAAAACUGGCUGAGAGUUCCUCUACUGAGGACUCCCUUGAGAAAAAAGCAACAAGUCCUGAUGAGGAUUAUGUGGCCAGUGAUGACCUUGACAGUGAUAAUGGAGCAAGAACCCCUCCUGCCACCAGAAGUCGAUCAACCAGAACCUCCAGCACCUCUUCAGUUUUAAAACGAAGACGACGCAGUUCAGAUUCUGAUACCAGUGAGAAUCACUGGGAAAGUGAAACAACAAUUAGAUCUAGAAAGCGCAGUGCCAGAAAAGCUGAGUUGAGUAGUACUUUGUAUGAUUCAGAUUCUAAUAGCACAAGUUUAGUUUUACUUGAACAAAGCAAUGGACAUUUCAAGCCUUUGUCUCAAUCAGUCACUCAUCUAAACACUGAUGUUCAGGCCAACCAACAACCUCGAACUAUAACUGUACAUUCUCUUAGUAAAAGGCAAAAAGAAUUCCUCACAACCUGUGAUUUGCAGCCAAGGAUCAGUUUAGAAGUUCUGACAGCUGAGAAAAUUUCCAGCUCAACAGGAGAUAGCCAAAGUGUUGGGUCUGCCAGUCUGGGAACUAAAGCAUCUUCUUUUCUGGAUUGUUUUUUAUCUUAUCUUGAUAAGAGAACUGUAGCUAAUGGCCUACGUGGGAAAAAAAAUUAUGAUAGCACAAGUGAGAACCCACAGGUUCCAAGUCCAAUGAGCAGCGUAGAUGGUACAGAAGGCAGCACUAUAAGUUACACAACAAACUCUGAUAGGGAGAACUGUGCUGAUGGCACCACAGAUUGGGCUGAAACAAAAAAAUGUAUUCCCACUAGAAGGUGUAGUGUAAAUCUGGGUAAAAAGGUUGACCUACAUAAUCUAACUUUGAGUGACAAACCCAAAGCUGUGCUUAAAAAUUCUUUUGAGACUGAGUUCACAGCAUUUAUUCAUUCAAGGCCUGGUGCCAUGUUAACCUGUGAUACUAACUCAAGCAAACAAAUCAAGCCGGUAGUUUGCUUAGAAAGAAUAGAUCUAGCAGGCCAGACGGGUGAUGUCAAGGGUUGUAGCCCUCAAGGUGAUACAAAGAAAACCAUGAGCUUCCCUCUGCAAGAGAACCCAGUUGAUGCUUCAUUGGCAAUGAGUGCAGAGAUCAUGGAGCCACAACUCCCAGCUAACAGGACCAAAGGGACUGCAUUGAAAGAAGGGGUUGGAGAAUUGGUAAGUGGUACUAUGGACUUGGUGCCUGAGACUCCUAAUAAUGCAGUGGAAAGGAAAGAGAAAGGUUGCCUUACAGGGGGUACUGAAGAUAUCGGUACACAUGAACAAAUAGGGCAAGCUGGGAAGUUUGAAGUUCCAAAAGAACAAGUAGAUCUAGAUUCGCUACAUUCAAGACAAUCAAACAACGGCCCUAAAAAUCAAGAGGGACAGGUGGUGCAUAUCCCUAAAGAAUUGGACACAUUCACUUUUCCAGGGAUACUUGAAUCAAAUGUCAAUGAAAAGGAUGGUAUCAGUUUGCAUAAGGACACUGGUAAACAUAGAGAUAAUCAAGAAAAGAAGAAUCAAGACAUUAUAGACAUUAAACAUUUGGCUGUUGCUGAACAAUCUGAGCUCGUUAUACCCAGUGAUGGUCAUCCAGCAAAGAAUGAAAGAAAAAUUGUUCCAAUAAAAGCAAGCAAAAUAGAAUCUCAAGUCAUAGAUGGUAGACAAAAUGUUUGGGGGGGAAACAUUUUAGAAUGUCCUACAGUGCAAGAGAAAUCAGACAAGUGUUCAUUUAGUCAUAUCAACUCCAGUAACUCUCUGGCUGCAUUUAUUGCAGAAAGAUUAAGCAAGGAUGGCCUGUCAGUUCAAACUGUGGAUUGCCUAGUUAACUACAGCUCUUCAGAUGAUGAAACCAGCAGCUCACCUCUCUACACAAAACAGACAGACAGCAGCUCACCUGUCAACCCACGACUGAAUGACAACAGCUCACCUGUCAACCCACGACUGAACGACAGCAGCUCACCUGUCAUCCCACAACUGAAUGACAGCUCACCUGUAAACCCACAAUUGAAUGACAGCAGCUCACCUGUCAACCCACGACUGAAUGACAACAGCUCACCUGUCAUCCCACGACUGAACGACAGCAGCUCACCUGUCAUCCCACGACUGAAUGACAGCAGCUCACCCGUCAUCCCACAACUGAAUGACAGCAGCUCACCUGUCAUCCCACAACUGAAUGACAGCAGCUCACCUGUCAUCCCACAACUGAAUGACAGCUCACCUGUAAACCCACAAUUGAACGACAGCAGCUCACCUGUCAACCCACAACUGAAUGACAGCAGCUCACCUGUCAUCCCACAACUGAAUGACAGCAGCUCACCUGUCAUCCCACAACUGAAUGACAGCUCACCUGUAAACCCACAAUUGAACGACAGCAGCUCACCUGUCAACCCACAACUGAAUGACAGCAGCUCACCUGUCAUCCCACAACUGAAUGACAGCAGCUCACCUGUCAUCCCACAACUGAAUGACAGCUCACCUGUAAACCCACAAUUGAAUGACAGCAGCUCACCUGUCAUCCCACAACUGAUUGACAGCUCACCUGUCAACCCACAAUUGAAUGACAGCAGCUCACCUGUCAUCCCACGACUGAAUGACAGCAGCUCACCUGUCAUCCCACAACUGAUUGACAGCUCACCUGUCAACCCACAAUUGAAUGACAGCAGCUCACCUGUCAUCCCACGACUGAAUGACAACAGCUCACCUCUCAUCCCACAACUGAAUGACAGCAGCUCACAUGUCAUCCCACAACUGAAUGACAGCAGCUCACCUGUCAACACACAACUGAAUGACAGCUCACCUGUCAACCCAAAAUUGAAUGACAGCAGCUCACUUGUCAACACACAACUGAAUGACAGCAGCUCACAUGUCAACACACAACUGAAUGACAGCUCACCUGUCAACCCUAAAUUGAAUGACAGCAGCUCACCUGUCAACACACAACUGAAUGACAGCUCACCUGUCAACCCAAAAUUGAAUGACAGCAGCUCACCUGUCAUCCCACGACUGAAUGACAGCAGCUCACCUGUCAACCCACAACUGAAUGACAACAGCUCACCUGUCAACACACAAAUGGACGGCAGGUCAGAUGUCAACCCACAACUGAAUGACAGCAGCUCACCUGUCAUCCCUCAACUGAAUGACAGCAGCUUACCUGUCAACCCACAACUGAAUGACAGCAGCUCACCUGUCAACACACAACUGAAUGACAGCAGCUCACCUGUCAUCCUACAACUGAAUGACAGCAGCUCACCUGUCAUCCUACAACUGAAUGACAGCAGCUCACCUGUCAACACACAACUGAAUGACAACAGCUCACCUGUCAUCCCACAACUGAUUGACAGCUCACCUGUCAACCCACAACUGAAUGACAACAGCUCACCUGUCAACCCACGACUGAAUGACAGCAGCUCACCUGUCAACACACAAAUGGACGGCAGGUCAGAUGUCAACCCACAACUGAAUGACAUCAGCUCACCUGUCAACACACAACUGAAUGACAGCUCACCUGUCAACCCACAAUUGAAUGAAAGCAGCUCACCUGUCAACACACAAAUGGACGGCAGGUCAGAUGUCAACCCACAACUGAAUGACAGCAGCUUACCUGUCAACCCACAACUGAAUGACAGCAGCUCACCUGUCAUCCCACAACUGAAUGACAGCAGCUCACCUGUCAUCCCACAACUGAAUGACAGCAGCUCACCUGUCAUCCCACAACUGAAUGACAGCAGCUCACCUGUCAUCCCACAACUGAAUGACAGCAGCUUACAUGUCAACCCACAACUGAAUGACAGCAGCUCACCUGUCAUCCCUCAACUGAAUGACAGCAGCUCACCUGCCAACCCACAACUCAAGUCAAGCAGCUUUGUUACUAUUCAGUGCGUAAAUCAACCAGAAUCACAGCCUCUAACAAUGUUCAAUCAAGCUUUUUACUGUCACAGUGUAAUUGUCUCUCAAGAUAACUUUGAAACUGGUUUAGCAAAUCCCUACAUUCAGGUGGAGAAGAGGACUCAAAGUGAAUGUAUAACAAAUUAUAAAUCUAAUCAAAUGUCUUGUGACCUGGAUAUCUCAUCCACUUCCAUACACUGUGAGACUAAAAAGUGCACGAAAGACAAUUUAGCUGAGUGCUAUGAUUCAUUACAAAUGAUUGAUCAUAAAACUGCAAACGCUAUCAACAUGGCUGCUGAAUGCAGUCACUCCAGUUUAGUAAGCACUCCUUCAAGUAAAAAAUAUGUCAUUAAAAAAUUGAAGUUACCAGAAAAAAUUAAACAUCCUGACACUAGCUAUACAAUAUUCAAUAUGACAACUUUAAAUGACGUUGAACCCAAUACUGUAGUAGAAGAAUUAUCAACCACUGCAGAAAUGAACAAACAAAUAAAAUCAGUAACUGCGGGUAUGGCCGAAGAAAUUGAAUUAGUCUCUGAAAAAGAAGAUUCAGUUACUGCAGGUAUAGCCAAAGAAAUUGAAUUAGCCUCUGAAAUUAAAAAUUCAGUUGAUGCAGGUAUGGCAGAAGAAAUUGAAUUAGCCUCUGAAAUAAAAGAUUCAGUUACUGCAGGUAUAACCAGAGAAAGAGUCAACUCAACACUCAUUCCAGAAGCGUCCCUGACUGUUAUUUCCAUGAAUGUGCCAAUUGUAGAUGCAAGUUCCCUAAUAAACCAGCCCCAGCCUUCACCCAAACCAAGUUUUGUUCAAGGCUCAAGUUUCCAAUUGGCAACUCCAACCAAAGGCAAUCUGCCACCUAGUUUGGUGCCACUUGACCCUGAUUUAAUGCAUUCUAAUGACAUAGAUUACUCUUAUGAGGAUGAGGUCAAAUUGCUUUCUCCUGAUUUCAUUUUUUACGAUAAUUUACCUACAGGUGUUGAAGAAGGUAAGUUGUCAUCAUCAGAGGUUAUUAAACAAAGAAAAGAAAAGAGCUUACCACCCGACCAUGCAAAGGAAAUAGCACCGACCAAACUGCCUAUCGAUUUCAAAGGAGAAAAAUCUUGCCUAUUUGAAUUAGAUGAAGAGAAUCCAUUGAAUGACCUUCAAGAAAAAGAAAAUAAAAACCAAAAUGUCAUGAAUAAAGAAACAGAGAUCUUUAAAAGUUCAACAGAGGUGCUAAAUGAUAGUAAGCAGGAACUCCCAUUUUUACCAUUGACAGGUUCUAAGGAAAUCCAAGGUGAGUGUCUGUCAAGUUCUGAGUUUAGGAUAAACCACACUUGUCCAGACACAAGUUGUUGUCCAACUGUGGACUGGGAAACCACCAAAAACAUUUGUGAUAGGGUAAAAACAAGUGUUGAAGCUUCUGAGGAGAGUGUUAAUGUAGAAAGUGAUCACAUUUUAUCUUCAGAUGGUAGUGCUAAAACCUGUUCAAGCAAAACAAUUGCUACAGUUUGUCAGACUAUCAACACUAAGUGUUCCAGCAUGAGUGCCACUAGGUUAGACAUAGGAGAGAAAAAAAGGAAUGCUGCACAUGAGGAAGGAACUUCUAAAGGUGACAUAGAGAAAAAAGAAUUAGAAGAUGCUGAUGAUUUGAGUGACUUCGAUCUAGUUAUUGAAGAUGAUACAUCAUCCAGAUCUGUUGUUUAUUUGUCACACCAGUCAUAUACACCUAAGUCUGACCGUAACUCUCCCCAAAUGGAACUUUCUAAAAAGGUGACCAAAUCCACAUCAAAUUUACAUAUGUCAAAAAGAGAUAUUGCUAAAAGUUCACAGAUAGACCAGCAAAUUCCGUACACAAGGGGUGUCAGAAAACUUGGAGGAGCUAAGGCUUUGAAAAAAAACAGUCAGAAACAAUUUGAAUGGGAUAUUGAUGAUGAUGAUGAGGGUAAGCAUGCUACUAGAUUAGUCACGCAGGCCAUCCCAGUAGACCCAACUAAAACUCUUAAUACAUCUUUAGAAGCAGUCAAUAGAAAAAGGAGUGCUUUACGAGAAAAAACUGCAACAGCUCCAUUUACAUGGGACCUGGAAGAAAGUUGUGUAGAUAAAACUAAUAAUAGCCAACAAAAUGAUAACAUAUUUAAAAUUAGUAACGCAUUAACAAAUAAACCUAAAAGGAUUAUUCACAAAAAAAGGUCUUUUUCACCUGAUAUAUUUUCUUCCGGGGAAUCAAAAACAAAAACUAGAAAAGUGCAUUCAACAAUUAAAACUAAAGAUUGUCGUCUCACAAAUAGACUUCAACCUAGUGCUAAAACCUUUUCUAGUAGACUUUCAUCCAUUUCUAAGAAUGCUACAAAUAAAUCUUCUAAAAAAUCUAAAGUGAGUGGCAGUUCAUCAGAAAAGUCAUGUGAAGAAGUGUAUGACAAUAGCAGCUCUAUAGCAGUUGGUGAGGACAUUUAUUUCAAGACCAAAUCUUUUACUGCACCUAUGCUUCUUAGUUGUUUGGAAUCAAGUAGUUCCUGCACUGUCCAAUCCAGUGCAGUUGAUUCAUCAAAGACUAGAAGGUCCAAGAAAGCUACUUUAGUUAUUGUGACCCCAGAACAGAGUGAGGAUGUCAUACAAAAAAGGUCAAGGCACAGCUCAAUGGAAUCCAACAAAUCAGACUUGUCCACCUCCUCCAGGAAACCGUUAGAACAAUUUUUUAAACGAGGUAGAAAAAGUGAAGAUCCAUUGACACCAAAGUUGAAAAAGGCAGGACUCAUAAAAAUAACUCCAAACCCUCCUGCGUCUUGUGUUGGUCUGGACACGCCAGUAACUCGAUCAUCUGGUGCAGCUAUAAAAGCUUUGAAUAAAAAAAGCUUGCGGAGUAGGGAAGUUAAUCCUUUAAGUGUUUCAUUGCCUCAGUUACCCCAAUCUAUGUCAUCAAAUAUGUGUUCAAAAAAUAAUCCGGAUGUAAGUUUCAAAGGAAAACCCCUGUCUUCAGCAAAAUCAACUUGCUUAGUUGGCUCAACUAAACAGUCUCCCAGCAAAUCAAAAAUUGAUAGCACCACAACAGCAGCAGUUGUAAAACGUAGAACAGCACCACCCAUACCUGUGAGACUAACUCCCAAUAAAGGCAGUUCAGUUGAGAAGAGAUUAAAACUGAGUCAAAAUUCCAGUACAACUGUUUAUAUUGUAGAUCCUGUCCUUCCACGUGGAGUGUCUAAACCCUCAUCUGUGAGUUCUGUGGGAUCAGGGACAAUUCACACACCUCUACCACCUGGCACAGUCUCCAUCAAACAGAAAGGUAUAGAGAGCAGACAUUCCAAACUAAAAGGAAGCAAAGGUACCAAGUUGAAAAAUCACAGAAGAAGAGUGUAGCUUUCCUUCAAGCCAUUUGUCUUCAAACUGUUCAGCUUUGUAUUUACAUUGUUAGCCUACUUCUAUGUAAUUUAAUUGUAGCCUAUAUUUCAAGUUGAGUUUGUGAAUGCUCAAAUGAAUUUGAUAAGAUGCUUCAGCAAGGUUUCAAGUACUGAUUUUGGUGCAUUGUCAUGGUUUUUUUAAAUGCUGGAUUAAGUUGAAUCUGUGUAUAUCUGUAUAUAAUUUUCUAAUGUAUAGAUCUGUUACACAAUAUGGCUCUGCUAGCUUUUGUGAUUUUCUUUACUUAAGUAUCUGCUGUCAGUGCUGUGUGUUUGUCUAAACUUCAUUGACAUAGCAUAUAUUAAAACUUUGAAAGAUAUUCUGUAAUAAAGUAUAAUGUGAAUUAAUUUCUAAAUAAACAUUGUCUCCAUUAUCAUUAUGACUUUUUAAUUCCUAACACC